CAUUUUAUCAAAUGAGGGAAGUGCAAACAGUGGCCCAUUCCUCCUCCUCCUCCUCCAAGUUACCAUGGAAACAUGACUUCCUCUAAAGGCUUGUCUCCGCUCUCUGAUGGGAAUCGCUACUGUGCCCUAAACCAGCAUGAAGGACACACUUUGUGUUGAGGGUUCUCUAUUUGAGUGUGUCUCCUGUUAUCUCAUCAGCAUGCAGUCUGUCGUAGGAAUUAUUGCCUGCGAUAUCAUCUUGACCGUCCUCAUCGCUAUUUCCGUCUUCUGCUUUGUGACCCUCCACAAGAGGAAAGCAGAACAGAACGUCGCAUCAUCCGCUGAUGAAAAAACAGCAGAGACAACAGAAUCUCCCUACCAGGAGUUACAUGGAGUCCAAUCAGAUGUGUACAGUGAACUUCAAGACUUUAGGAAGUGAAACUUUGUAUCCUAACACUGUUGUCUCUUGUGCAUUGAAAUAAGUUAAAGAUGGUUGUUCAUGACUUAUUCUUCAUUGCCUUAUUUUAAUCUUGUGAGUAAAAUUAGAAAAACAAACUUGCUACAGUAUUUGUAUAUAACAGAAUAUACAUUCAUUCUAAUAACAGAAAAUAGAACAACUCUAAGCCAAUCUCAUCUUAACAAUACUUGGGAUAGAAAUUUAAAUGUUCACAUAUUUAAAUCUUUUAGGUAAAGUUGAAACAACAUCUUGCUAUUUUAUUGUUAUAUAACAGAAUAUAUAUUCAAUCUAAUAACAGAAAAUAGAACAAGUUGAACCCAAUCCCAGCUUUACAAUACUUAGAAUUAAAAAAAUGACAAAGCCAAAAAGGAGACAUACACAUACAAUACUUAUUCGAUAUAAUAAUAAAAUAUAUCAAAUAAUACAAAACAAUUGAUAGCAACAACAGUAUCAACAUCAAUACAGUAAUUGGUUACGGACAUGACCAUGCUAAAUAUAAUACGAAGUAGGAAUUCUUAAUUGUAGCUCGAGCAGUAAAAAAUGUUUAGGACCUUCUAAAUAAAAUUUUCAACAUUAUGAGCGCCCUAUAGACAUGAAAUAACAUAUGGAGGUUAAUAUAUGUCUUUAUUACGAAAGCUUUUUUUUUUUUACAUUGAAUUUAUGUAACUGAAAUUUUCAUGUUUGAAUUUUGUCAACUGAAUUUAUUUAUAUCAAAUUAUGAUGACAAUUUCAAUGGACAAAAAAAUGUGUUGGCAAAUUGCGUGUUUAAAAAUUCAGUGUUUUAAAAUUCAGUGUUUUAAUUAUUCAGAGUAUAAAAAAUACAAAAUAAAGUGGUGGGGGAGAAUAAAUAUUGAAUAGAUCACAAAUUUAAGGUUUGAUUUUUAUUUUUGCAGAAAAUGUCCAUGUUUGAAUAUUAUUGUAAACAUACACAAAAGGGUAGAAAAAAAAAUAUAGAGAUGCCUACGCUCAAAAGUUGAAAUUUUUGUCUUACAUGUACAUAGUUCUUGAUAAAAACAGUACAGUUUGAAAUGUGUAAUACCUUCAGACAAGGAUGCCCACACUGCAAAAAUGUACCAUGAUUUCACAGCAUUUAACUGUUUUUUUUCCAAGGUAAAAUAUUGUAAUCUUCAACAAAUAGGAUAUCCCUAUAUUUCGCAGCAAAUAAUUAUUUCACAGUAAAAUACUGUAGCAUAGUCCUCUUAAGGGGUUCCGUAGACUACAUAGCACACAACUGUACAGUAAGUGGUGGUAUGCUGAUAAACCGAGAGAGCAAUUAAUUAUACAAAUACAUGUACAAAGUUACAGCAUUUAGUUGUAACUUUUUUGUAGUUAGUCAUAAAAUCACAGCUCUGCAGGUACAAUAAAUUGUUGUAAAAAUAUUUCACAGUAAAUUAUUGUAAAUGUAAUGCAAAUAUUACCUAAUAAUUUGCUUAGAAUUUACAAUUACAUUUUUUACACUGCUAUGUGAGGACCAAGGGCCAUUUGCAAAAAAAAUCCCAGAAAGCAUAAUGUAUAAUAGCAGCUAUAGAGGCAAAAUGAUUAGAAAACAAUGUAUUGUUAAAAAAGUUAGAUGAGCUAAUACUAAUGAUUAGUGUAUUUACUGAGUUCUUCAAAGAACUGCUUUGAAUAAUUUGAGAUACUUUUUAAAGUUUUACAAACAAAAUGUGAAGCAUAAACUGCAAAAAUGGAUAUCCAAGCAAGUCAGAACUUUUCUCCCCGUCACUCACACACACCAGUGCAAGGAUUGCUCAAUAUCUUUUUUUCACUUGGUACUUUUAAUGUUUGACAAUUAUAAAAAAAAAAAUCACAAGAAUCUGCUAACAGGUCACACAUUUUAAGACUAUUUUAAAUGUUUUGUCUUAUUUUAGGAAGAGUAUACUUAGAAUCAAGCUGUCUGCUUUCUGUGAGUCAACAUCUGUGAGUCAUUUCCAGGAUGAAAAGAAACAAUUCUAGUCUACGUUGUAUUUCUCAUGGCUGCAGGACAAACUACAUAAAUGCAAACAGAAUUAUGAGGUAAAAACAACAACAAAAUACAAAGAAGUUUGCUAAAAAAAAAAAAUACUUCUAGGAUUGUUCCCAUCAAAGGUUUUUUUGGCUGGACUUGACAGGAUACUUGGCUAAAACACAAGAAAAACAGUUAUGUUUAAUUAAAAAGAACAAGUGCGACUAUAAAGGCUUACCAAUUGGAUGUGUCUCAGAACUCGCAAAUUCUCUUGUUUCUGUGGGAAAUAUAUAAUGCUCAAACUUAAUUUUCCUAUACAUAUUUACUGUGUAUUUUUUAAACUGAGCUCACCAUCGUAGUCCAUUUGUCUGACCACCGCAGCAGGUCUCACGUUGCUUUCCUCCAAACUGUCUAAUUCUCCACUUUGGCCCAACAAGCUGAGCCCUACAGGUGUGGCUUUCCCUGGACCUUGGACAGCUGCGACUCCUACGCCGUCUUCCUCGCUGUCCACAUCAACGUGCUCGCCGCUUUGAGGAUCGGGAGAUGCCAUGCUGGUCACAUCCACAAUGGCUGCUUCCACCUGCCUCCCGGUUAGCGAUUGAACAACUUCUUUUGUCUGAGGAACCUCGAAGCUGUCGUCUUUGUAAGCACAGAGAAAGUGUUGCACUGACUGUCAUACAUUGAGUACAGUAGGACAUGUAGGUUCAAUCUAGAGAUGUGAUCGGCCGAUUUUUGUGAAAAGUAUAUGAUCGUCAUUGCCAAUUAAGGCCAAACACAGAUCCCCUCUGGCUGGCAAAAAUUGUGUUCCUUCUGCCGGAAACAAACGCGAGAUUGUUCUAAUCAUCGCAGACUUGGUAACAGAAAACAAAGACGACUAUUUUUGGGCAAAUGAGGAUUUACAACCUUAUCGUUAUGAAGCUGAAUAUAUGGAGCGGGGGUCAGCAACCCGCGGCUCUAUGCGGCUCUUUAGCACCGCCCUAGUGGCUCCCUGGACCUCUUUCAGAGAUGUGUGAAAAUGGAAAAAGAUGAAGAAAAUUGUAUAUUUUUUGUUUAAAUAUAGUUCCUGUAGGAGAACAAACAUGACACAAAACUUCUUAAUUGUUAGAAAUCCCACUGUUUAUGUUACACAUGCUUCACUGAUGAGAGUAUUUGGCAAGCACGGUUUUGUCCUACUAAUUUCAGCGAUCCUUGAACUCAUCGUAAUUUGUUUACAUGUGGAAAUUUCUCCGAUGCUGCCACAGAAAGACAUGUUUUAUGCCACUCAUUCUUUGUCUCAUUUUGUCCACCAAAUGUUUUAUGCUGUGCGUGAAUGCAUAAAGGUGAGCUUUGUUGAUUUUAUUGAUUUGCUGGAGUGCUUAUCAGGCACAUUUGGUCAAUGAUGACUGCAAGCUAAUCGAUGCUAACAUGCUAUUUAGGCUAGCUGUAUGUACAUUUUGCAUCAUUAUGCCUUGUUUGUAGGUAUAUUUGAGCUCAUUUAAUUUCCUUUACUAUGUUAUGUCCUAUGUAUAUUUAAUUUAUAUUUGCAUGCCUCAUGGCACAUUAUCUGUAUGUAAUAUUGGCUGCAUUUCUCAUAGUUGUUUGUGUGCCAUAUUGUUCCAGACCACAGCAAACGUUACCCAGCUUGCAAAGAUUGUAAUAAUUCCACUAGAAGAAGACAGCAUGCCGUUUCCUUAAACUUGGACACACACAUCUAUACCUUUGGCCAUUCUGAGCCAGUUAUUUCCAGAAGUUAUCUCAAUCCUCUGAGAAGCCUCUAUUUUCCUAAUGAUUUCCAAUGUUGCAAAAAUGUGUAGAAUAAAUAUUAAGAUACAACAUUUCUGCCAACAAAGUUUUGCGUCAGCCUUUGAUAGUAGGCUAAUAUAACUAAUAUAGACACUUACAUCAUGUGUUGCCUUCAUUAUAACACUUAUAUAAGACUUUUAAUUUUUUGUGGCUCCAGACAGAUUUUUUUUUUUUAUUAUUUUUGGUCCAAUAUGGCUUUUUCAACAUUUUGCGUUGCCUACCCCUGAUAUGGAGGAUGAACUACUGGUUAUAGAAGCGAGCACGAAGGAAGGGUGAGACAUUAGAGCAGACGGAAGCUGAGAGAGUGAGGUGAAUGAGACAUAAAACUGUGAAAUAUGGAAUUUGCUACUUCAACAUAAAAGGGAUUGCUUACCCAAAUAAACCGGAAAAAACUUCCGCGGCCAGUUGGACCAAACGCACAACUGUCUAUCAGUGAGUCACACUUUAUAUUGAUCAUGAUACACUCAGCACAUCAUGCGUGUACCAUGAAAGACAACAUACGCUGUCUGGCUGGCUGUGUACAAAGAAAACAUGAAAUGUGGACUAAUACUUUACGGAUACUAAAUAUGAUUGUUUUUGUUUUUCAGACAGUAAGAUUGGUGACGUAUCGCAUUGUGUUGUGCAUUAAAAACUCAAACGCAUUUUGUGUUUUGUCGUAGAACCUAGCUUAUCUCUUUCCGUAGUUGGCUUUUAUGGCUAAUACCGAAGCACGCCGAUGUGUUACUAUGCUAGAAAAAGUGUUCAUUAAUGUUCGCUCUUACAAUAACAAUGUCGCUACAGCUUGGUAUUAUACAGGUUACGAAACGUUAAACGAAGUAUUGUUGACGGUUUUUGAAUGCAUUUUUAAAGUGAUUUAGAGGUAGAAUUGAUUGCUCCCAUUAGCUGUGUUGCUGGUCACCAAGGACAAGCCAAUUUUUACAUGUUGGAAUGAAAAAAAAUAUAAAAACUUUUGUGUUCUGGUCCCUCAUAAGGAUUGUUAACAAUAGGCAAAAUUCCCAAAAAAGUGCAGUUCCCCUGGGGGGCGAGGCUAAACAUAUUACACACCAGUAGCAAGCCAGGAGCAUGUGUCGUAAUAGCGAAGCUAACCGUUAAGCUAGCAUGCUACGACACCAAGAAGUAAGUGCUUAGUAAAGAUUAAGAAGUGUACACUAGGGAAGUGUACUGUAGAUGGAAGCGCAUUACAGCAGAAAUUGAGCAGGUAAUUAAUACGAGUUAGAGAGAGGUAUCAGCAUUGUCACAGUCAGACAAGACAUGUAAGAGGAGAGUGUAUCGAGCCAUAAAUUGGUGGUUUAGAAACCAAGGGUAGUAUUAGUUUGUGAUUAGAGAUGUCCGAUAAUAUCGGCCGAUAAAUGCUUUAAAAUGUAAUAUCGGAAAUUAUCGGUAUCGGGUUUUUUUAUUAUCGUAUCGAUUUUUUUAUUUUUUUAUUUUUUUAAAUUAAAUCAACAUAAAAAACACAAGAUACACUUAUAAUUAGUGCACCAACCCAAAAAACCUCCCUCCCCCAUUUACACUCAUUCACACUCAUUCACACAAAAGGGUUGUUUCUUUCUGUUAUUAAUAUUUCUGGUUCCUACAUUAUAUAUCAAUAUAUAUCAAUACAGUCUGCAAGGGAUACAGUCCGUAAGCACACAUGAUUGUGCGUGCUGCUGGUCCACUGAUAGCACUAACCUUUAACAGUUAAUUUUACUCAUUUUCAUUAAUUACUAGUUUCUAUGUAACUGUUUUUAUAUUGUUUUACUUUCUUUUUUAUUCAAGAAAAUGUUUUUAAUUUAUUUAUCUUAUUUUAUUUUAUAAUUUUUAGAAAAAGGACCUUAUCUUCACCAUACCAGGUUGUCCAAAUUAGGCAUAAUAAUGUGUUAAUUCCACGACUGUAUAUAUCGGUAUCGGUUGAUAUCGGUAUCGGUUGAUAUCGGUAUCGGUAAUUAAAGAGUUGGACAAUAUCGGAAUAUCGGAUAUCGCCAAAAAGCCAUUAUCGGACAUCCCUAUUUGUGAUCGAUACUAGAGUGGUUAGGUUGAUAUUUUUUUCUCUUUCUUCAGUAAAAGCAUUUAAGUCCCAUCUUAAAACUCAUUUGUAUACACUAGCCUUUAAAUAGACCCCCCUUUUAGACCAGUUGAUCUGCCUUUUCUGCUCUUGUCCCCCUCUCCUGCGUGGAGAGGUUAUUAUGUGACCACAAAUGAGGCGCUAGCUGUUCAAAGACGGGACCCGAAGUAGACCACUCAUCUGUGCAUCAGUUGUGGACGUCUCUGAGCUGCUGACCUGUCUCCACUCAAGAUGAUCCCCUGCUAGCCCCACUAUGGACUGGACUCUCACACUAUUAACUAGAUCCACUCGACGUCCGAGGGGGUCCCACAUCUGCGGUCCCCUCCAAUGUUUGUCAUUGUAUCCCAUUUGGUUGAGUUUUUUCUUGCCCUGAUGUGCAUGGGAUCUGAGCCGAGGAUUUACAUUUAAAGGAUACACAUGAUGUGUCUUUUUCUAAAAUGUAUAAAUUUAUUUCCAAGCACAUGCCUAUAUUUGCAUUCCUAGAAUGAUGUUAUUCCCGAGUGCGGCCACCGCUGCUGCUCACUGCUCCCCUCACCUCCCAGGGGUUGGAACAAGGGGAUGGGUCAAAUGCAGAGAGUAAUUUCACCACACCUAGUGUGUGUGUGUGACUAUCAGUGGUACUUUAACUUUAACUUAAUGUAUUAUUCAAUGAAGUCUUUUAACAAAUGUUUGAAUUGUAUCCUGAUUAAAAAAGUACCCUAUUAUAAAUAAGGCAUAUUUUCAGAGGAUAUGCAUUUCUACAGCAUGUUUUAAAGAAAUAACAUAUUAAAAAAUGACUUCUGAGUAUAUUAUAUUGAUCAACUAAUUAUUAUUUUGUGGGGGCAAUAGAGGCGAAUUAGAUUG